AUGGCCGCUUGCAGUGGGGCUGAUGGCAUUUCCCUCAUGGCCGAGCUGAAUAGUAAUGCCAUUACAGUGAAGAACAUCAAUAGACCAGUCAGUGCGACAGCUUCCUCUUUAUCUGCUGAAGGAAAAACAAGCAAGAAAGUGAAAGGACAAAAGCGAUUUCGCAAUCCUGCAGAAUGGCAGAGGGAGAAGAGGAAGAGACUUCGUAUAGCUGGGAAAGCAUAUGUCAAUGUGAAAGGCGAACUUGUGAAAGAGAAGGAAUUGGGUUCUGACUGUGGAUGUCACAGAAAUUGUUAUGUCAAAGUUUCUGAAGAUAUAAGACUGGAUAUCUUCAAUAGCUACUAUUCUCUGCAUGAUCACAAUGAACAGAAUGCUUAUUUGUAUAGUCUCAUUCGGAAGCAACCAGUUUUGAAUAGGCGAGCUGAUCGAAGUAACAUCAAGACAAGACGGAGUACUUUCCACUAUCAUGUUCGCAUCUGUGGGACUGAAGUUCAAGUCUGCCGGCAGGCAUUCGCCAACAUCCAUGGCAUUACCUUCAACAAGAUAAGAGUUCUGUGUCAAAAGUUGGACAAAAAUGUUCUUUUCCCUCGAGAUGAAAGAGGGAGACAUGCAAACCACAAGAAAGUUGCCUCAGAACUUGUGGAACAACUAAGAGAGUUCUGGAAGGAUGAUAGAGGAAAUGGACCAGAUCUGAAUAUUACGAAGAUGUGGAGGGACUUCCUGGAAAAGAAAGAUCCCAAUUAUGGUAGAUACCAAAUCACAAAGAAGGGGAAAGUGUUGGAUCUGCCCAAGAACAGAGAAGAAUCUGACUUUACCAUUGGUGACUCAAUGGAGACCCUUGGAAUACACUUUGUCAGUGAUCUCAUGCUUAACCGAGUGAAUGCUGAAAAGGGUUCUGAUCUUGAGCUCAAUCGGGUUGAUGGUGAAAGCAGCUUUCAAAUGGGAGCAAAUGAGAAUAAUGAAAAUACAAGGACUCCACGGAAGUUGAAGGUGGAGCCCCUUGUCAAGCACUGGCUCUACACCAAAAUUCUACAUGAGGAAGUGAGGCCUCAAGACUAUUUUUCAUUACAUAGGCGUAUUGUCACAGAUAGUGAGUCGAGUUCCAGUUCAGCAGAACAGCAGAAGCCUGGGAAGAGAAAAAGGGUUCAUAAACCAACAUCUGGUGAGAAAGAAUAUCCUGAAACCUCAAAGGAAGGAAGAGAUGGAUCACGAGAUGACGUGUCUCAGCAGUCUGUGAUAUCUGUGUCAACCAUGCCUGUUCAGUCUUGUGUGACCAAUGCUGUUAUACCAGAUGGGGGUGUCAUAGUUCCAGCCAUGAUUCAGGGAAUAGGGCAAGUGAACCUUCUCCUCAUGGGAAAUGGACAUGCUCAAAUCUGGGGUGUGACUCAGCCUACACAAGAUGUGCCAAACAAUGACAAUACUGAUACUGGUAUCAUUCCUCAGCCUCCUCCAAUUGCUGUACAUCUUCAACAGUCUUCCAUGCCACAAUUGGAAACUCAAAAUCAGGAAUACUCUCUUCAGUAUUUCCAUACAUAAUGGCAAUAGCACUAGGUCUCCUUCCUUAGGCCAAAUGCCAUUUGAAUGAUAACUGGUUCAGGCAUUGGAAACAAUUCCAUCUGAAGGUAAUUCUAUUGGCUCUAUCAAGAGAGAAAUUUUGCAAAUGCUGAGGGUUAGUUAGAGAAUGAUAAAAUGUUGAGCCAAGUCCUAUUUUUCCAUUGCCUUUUCAUAGAAUAUUUUAUCCAUUUGGUGCUGCAACUGAUGUAAGACCUUGUACCAUAUAUUCCUUUAAGGCUGUAUUAGCAUUUAUUACUUCUGCCCUACUAGUACUGUGCACAGAUCCUAUUCAACAUCAUUCAAUUAUAGGCUGAGGCUAACACCAGUAAUUAAAAAAAACCCACCUGAGAAGGCAUUGAGGAAUGCAAAAUCUUCCACUAAGCUUUCAAUUGCAGAUACCUUGUACUCCUUUGUGCCAAAAAAAAAAAAAACUGGGGGCAAGAGCAUCAUCUCUACAGUAGGACUAGCAAUGCUCUUCUACUUAAUUUCUAAGACUUCAAUUUAUCCCUUAUGUGGAUGCCUAUAAUGUAAAAGAUGAGUGAGGUCCUGCAGUCUUCAAUGCUU